UGACACAUCGUCCUGACGGAGCAUAUGCUAUCUAUAUGAGAAAGGAUCAUAAACAGGAAACAGUGGCUGUGCUUUUGUCUCGUUAAUAUCAGUGAAUUUUCUAGUUCAGGCUGACCCGAGUUUUUAGUCAAUUAAAAGUGAAAGCAAAGACUGUCAGGCAUAACUGCAACUGCAACUACCAGACAAAAUGGCAUCCAAGUCCUUUUCAGAAGAGGAUUUCUCCUGUCCUGUGUGCUACAAUAUCUACAAGGAUCCUGUUCUUCUGACCUGUACUCACAGCAUCUGUAACACCUGCCUGCAGCAGUUCUGGGAAACCAAAGGGUCCAGGGAAUGUCCAAUCUGCAGGACAAGUUGCUCAAAAGAAAAGUAUCCUCUCAACCUGAAACUAAAGAACCUGUGUGAGACUUUCCAACAGGAGAGAAUUCAGGGAGAAGCAUUCUGCAGUCUGCACCGUUCUGAACUCAAGCUUUUCUGUGAAGAUGACAAACAGCUUGUGUGUUUGGUGUGUCGAGACUCAAAACUCCACAAGAACCACAACUUCAGCCCUAUCAGUGAAGCAGCACUUGAGCGUAAGGAAGAACUGAAGAUCAAACUGGAGCCCUUACAGAAGAAGCUGGACAACUUUAAACAAGUUAAAACAACCAGUGAUAAAACUGCCCAACACAUAAGAGUCCAGGCCCAACACACAGAGAGGCAGAUCAAGGAGGAGUUUGAGAAGCUUCACCAUCCUUGCCUGAGUCGUUUCUGUAAAAGAAGCAAUGAUGCUGCAGCCGGUGUCCCCAGCCAAUCAGAGUCUCAACAUCUCUCCAGCAGGUGUGGAGGCGGAGCAGAUAUUCUCAUCAUUGACUUCUAG